GAUCCUAUUAAUUUUGAAAUCGUUAGGCGGUGUCAGAAAGGCUUCAGUCAGACUGUUUUCUAGGUCAAAAAUUGUGUUUGUAAAUCAUUGUUGUCACAGUUGUUUAAUUGGAUAAAAAAGCAGAAAUUGGAGUUAAAAAUGGAAAAGACUUUCUUGCCGCCAUCGGAUGGCAUUAACAGCUCCGUUAAUACCAUUGAAGCCUCAAUCGAAAUUGCGCGAAAAAAGAGAAGACGAAAGAAAAGAUGCAAUGCACCAGUGUCUAAACCUAUUUCAACGCGAAAAUCAGACCGCAUUUUGUUGUCGAAAGUUCGAACCGCCUCGUCACUAAAAUCGAAAGUAUCGUUCUCAGAGUCAUCCUGCAUUAAAAUGCUCUCGGUACCUGAAUUAACACAAAAAAAGGCGACGGCCUCGAUUACGUCAACGAUUGGAACGAAUGUGUCGAAGAAAUAUUCCAGUUUGUUAUUCAGUACAAAUUCGAUGGUGUCAAGGUCGGAAACACCUAUGUUUAAUGGACCACGGGACGUGGAUUCAAUGACAUCGGAAGCAGUUUUAAGCGACACAUUUCUGUCCGAGUAUGAGAACCGGUCAAACAAUUCCCAAAUCAAGUUGCAGUCGGAAAUUGAUAAAGAGUGGGAAGCUUUAAGUCAACGGAUAUCGCCGAGAGAUUCCGGUCAACAUUCGCAACAGCACAUCCCGGAGAUGGAAGUUGAUAAAGAGUGGGAAGCUUUGGAUCAACGGAUAUCUUCGAGAGAUUCCAGUCAACAUUCGCAACAGGACAUCCCGGAGAUGGAAGUUGAAAAAGAGUGGGAAGCUUUGAGUCAACAGAUAUCGUGCAGAGAUUACGGUCAAAAUUCGAUUCAGGAGAUCCCGGAUAUGGAAAUGCAAUAUCAGUCAGAGAUCACAUUCAAUCAAGUCAUCCAUUCGUCAGCACAUGAGAGUAAUUUCGAGCUACCACCGUCCGAUUAUAACAGCACGCGGACAGGCAAUCAAAGUUGCGUCAAUGACUUUCGGGACAGCAUCCAUGAGCGAAUAGUGACGCAAAAUUUGAAUAUAAGUUUGUUGACUAAACAAAAUCACCAAAUCGCAACGCAACUGCAAAGUUUGGAGCGUUAUGUCAGAGAGAAAAUGGAAGCAGCCGACGAGUAUAUGAAAACGAAAUUGACCAAAAUCGAAGAGGCUAGCUGGGCAGUUCUGAAAGCAUUAAGUGAUAUAAAAGGUGUGGAAAGUGACGAGCCCAGCCGAAAACAGCGAGUUAGCGAACCUGUUCGAUCGCAGAGUGAUAUGGAACCCAUUCGAUCGCAGAGUGAUAAGGAACCCAUUCGAUCACAGCGAGAUAAAGAACCCAUUCGAUCGCAGCGAGCUAAGGAACCCAUUCGAUCGCAAAGAGAUAAAGAACCCAAUCGAAUUGAGCGAUAUAAUGAGCCCGUUCGACCGCAACGACACUUAGAACCCGCUCGAACUGAGCAGUGUAAUGGACCCAUUGGACCGCAACAACAAAAAGAACCCAUUCGAAUCGAGCGAAGGAAUGAGCUCAUUGAAACGCGCCGGGAUAACGAAGCUAUUCGAGCGCAUCAAGUCAAACAGCUAAAGAGUUGGAAAGAAUUGGUGAUGCCAAAAAUUCCGAUUUCAUGUGACUUUAAUCUGGUGAUUUUGAACAUUGCACUGGAGGGCGCUGACUACAUGAAACAAUUUGUAUCCGAAGCAUCAAAUGUUGUGACACUGAAUGCGUACAAUUGUAGGUACUCGGUCAGAACCGUGUUGACCGCAUUGUUUUCCAUCAAAUUGCUUGGGAAGUACAGAUGGUCGACGAGGACAUUUUCAUUCAACAACAAGCCAACAUUUUCAUCGCUCACUAAUGUCCUGAGAGCUAUAGCCGGUGUGCUAACCAAUUACAUGUCCGAACAUGAUGUCCGCAGAGAGGUGAAGGCUUUCUUCAUGGAUAUGCUGUAAGAGUAGUAUAUGAAGAACUAAGGCAAAAGACUUACUUUUGAACAAAACAUUUUUCGUUU